CGAGGUGACAGCGGCUGUGCCGGGCGCCGCGGCCGUGGGAGGCGGCGCGGCCGAGCCCAGCGCGGGGACCGGCCCGGCGCCCGCUGCCCCUGCGCUCGCCUCCGCGGGGCAGCGCGCCCGGAGACCCGCGCCCGGCCGGCGCCGGCGCGAUGUCGGUGGCGGGGCUGAGGAAGCAGUUCCACAAAGCCAGCCAGCUGUUUAGUGAAAAAAUAAGUGGUGUUGAAGGAACGAAACUAGAUGAUGAAUUUCUUGACAUGGAAAGGAAAAUAGAUGUUACCAAUAAAGCUGUUGCAGAAAUUCUUUCAAAAGCCACGGAAUAUCUUCAGCCAAAUCCAGCAUACAGAGCUAAGCUGGGAAUGCUGAACACUGUGUCGAAGAUCCGCGGACAGGUGAAAACCACCGGGUACCCGCAGACAGAGGGCCUGCUGGGCGACUGCAUGCUCAAGUACGGCAAGGAGCUCGGGGCCGGCUCCACCUUUGGCAACGCACUGAUAGAAGUUGGUGAAUCCAUGAAGCUAAUGGCUGAGGUGAAAGACUCUCUUGAUAUUAAUGUAAAGCAAACUUUUAUUGAUCCACUUCAGUUACUACAAGACAAAGAUUUAAGAGAGAUUGGGCACCACCUGAAAAAGCUGGAGGGCCGCCGCCUGGAUUACGAUUAUAAAAAGAAGCGAGUAGGUAAGAUACCAGAUGGAGAAGUCAGACAAGCGGUAGAAAAAUUUGAAGAGUCAAAGGACUUGGCUGAAAGGAGCAUGUUUAAUUUUUUAGAAAAUGAUGUAGAACAAGUCAGCCAGCUGGCCGUGUUUGCAGAGGCGGCUUUAGACUACCACAGACAGUCCUCAGAGAUCUUGCAGGAGCUGCACAGAAAGCUGCAGAUGCGAAUAUUGACUGCAUCCAGUGUUCCCAGACGAGAGUACAAACCACGGCCCAUGAAAAGGAGCCCUAGUGAGCUCAGUGGAGUGCCCACCUCCUCUUCAGCAAAGGCAUCAGGUUCUAACGUACUCGAGGACCAGCCCUGCUGUCGCGGACUCUAUGACUUUGAGCCCGAAAACCCAGGGGAGCUAGGAUUUAAAGAAGGGGACGUCAUCACACUGACCAACCAGAUAGACGAGAACUGGUACGAGGGGAUGCUGCGCGGGGAAUCUGGAUUCUUCCCCAUUAAUUACGUUGAAGUUAUGGUGCCUUUACCUCAGUAAGUGUGUAACUCAAACUUGGGACGGACUUUUGCAACUGAAAUGAAUUCACACCAUGUUUCUCUGUGUGGUGUUCUGUGACAUCCUUGCUGUUUGACCAACUUAAUGACUUUUGUGUGUGUGUUCUCUUUAUAAUGUAUUUUCUAUCAAUUUUAAUUUGUAUAAAUGAUCUUCUUAGCUACGUGAAAAUAUAGUUUUCUUUUUUGCUUUUUGUCCUAAAAGUCAUUGGUUAAAUGAAUAUAUGUGCUUUUGUUGCUAAAAACAAACUGUGCCCAUGGCAGUCAUGUCAGCGAAUCGCCCAGGUCCCUCAGCUGCGGUGGAAUGCAAAACCCGAAACUCAGGAGUGGUGACUAUUUUGUUUCCUAACAUUACUGAUGGCAUCCAGUCUGCUCCCUUCACGGCGUUUUAGCUGACCUGUGAAAAGCCCAAUAAACAUGAUGCGCUGUCUUGGCCAAUGGCCUGUCAUCCCUAAUGCUGGACUGAUUUGGAAGUUGUUGGGGGGCAGACGCCUGUACCCCACGGCUGAUGGGGGCCGAGUGUGUUGCCUAGAUGCUCGCUCCCGACCCGGUUGGCGGGUCUGAGAGGCCCUCGACUCUCCAGCAACCUCCCUCCAGUUUAGGGACGGGAAACCCUCCCACGUACUGUCAGGUGCAUGUCCAGAAGAGCCUCACCCAACCCUCUUAGGCUGCCAAGCAUUGGGGAGGUUUUCCAAGCAAGUCCUGUUAUGGAUGCUCAGGAAGCGGUGUGGCCAGGAGUUGGGUUGAGUACCAGGAGCAAGGUGGCCUAGGUCCAGUGAACCAGCCGCUGGCCUCACUCGGGAUGUGUGCCUGUCACAGACUCUGGCCCAUGGGUCCCUUGGCAGUCCCGCUGGGACGGGGCAGGAUCACUUCCCCUGUGCAGAGCAGCUCACCGAAUGGCUUGCCCAGGGUCAAACAGCCGAGUGGGUCAGAGGCAGGGUGUGGAGUCAGAUCAUUGCCUGCUGACCCCCAAGUCUGUUGGACGUGCACUGAUGUUCAUGGCCAUUUGUGACAAAUGCCCAGAGGCCGGAGAGUUUGUUAAGGUGACCAAAACUUCAGUCUUUGAGUCCUUAGUACAUCAUUAAAUUUCCAACAUACCUGGGCACUUUCCUCUGCCUUCUUCCCCCAGCACACACCUCUUCUCCAAACAGUUGUACACAUAGUGUCUAUAAUAAAACAAUAAUAAUGGCUAA